CAGUUCUCACAUCUCAGUCUUAGUCCAGAUCUCAUCUAAGCGCCAUGAAGCCCUGUUCCUUCUCUCUGCUCCCGGUCUUGCUGCUGUUCCUGGUCCCGGUUCUGGCGGCCGGACCGGGCUGUGCUUCCUGCGACCCGACUCAAUGCGCCCCCCUCCCUUCUGACGGCUGUCCCGCAGGCUCCCUGCAGGACUCCUGCGGGUGCUGUGCGGUCUGCGCCGCUGCGGAGGGAGAGCCGUGCGGUGGACGCCGCGCGACAGCGCGCCGCUGCGGCACCGGACUGGAGUGCGUCAAAAGCGACGACGACAAGAAGAGCAAGAGCGGCGUGUGCGCGUGCAAGAACAACUACGAGGUCUGCGGCACCGAUGGAACAACGUACAAGAACGGCUGCGCGCUGAAGAGCGCGAGCCUGACAGCGCAGAAAGAGGGCAAAGAGGCCAUCAGUGUCCUAAACAAAGGCCGCUGCGCUUCAGCUCCUGUCAUCGUCACUCCACCGGGUCAGGUGUACAACGUCAGCGGCUCCCAGGUGUACCUGAGCUGUGAGGCUGUGGGUGUGCCCACACCUGUCCUCACCUGGAGGAAGGUCCUUGGUGGAAAGAGAAAGGCGGCGCUUCUUCCCGGAGAUCGAGACAACCUGGCGAUCCAGACCAGAGGAGGACCAGAAAAGCAUCAAGUGACCGGAUGGGUUCUGAUCUCCCCUCUGACUGAAGAAGAAGAUGGAUCAUAUGAGUGUCACGCCUUCAACUCCAAAGGUGAAGCAUCGGCCAUUGGGGAGAUCCACCUUGUCGAAUCCAUCGACGAAAUCAAGACGGGGCUCAAGGAGGAUGAGCUGUGAUCAGCGGGUCCAACAAACAUUACAGGAAAC